AAAAUUCUGCCCUGUUUCCUCAUUCUGUGAAUCAUGAACAAAACAGCUUUGUAAUCUAUGUUCAAUGAUCAUGGAUAUGCUAUCUAUCUUCAUGGUGAUGACUCUCGUAGGAAAAUGUCAAGGGAACACUUUUCUAAAUUAUCAAGAGAAAGAGGAAGCUAUAUCUCUACAAUGUGAAGAGAGAAUUUGGCAACUUGAUCUAGAUGAAGACAACAUAGUGGAUUGCACUUUUAAUUGCAGUCUUCAUGACAAUGAGAAGAAAUGUGACCAUGAUCCGAAGUGCAAUAAUACAGCAUUUACAUUAGAAAAAAAACCCUGCAAAAACAGUAUCAAACAAUGUUUAAAUAUGAAAUUGGAGAAACACGUCACUGGAUUCUUUGCAUGUUUUCAUACCUUUCCAUCAAAUGACCAACACUUAUUCCCCUUUAAACCGUCAAAAGAUCAGGUGGAAUCAUUUAUUGUGGCAUUUGUUGAACCAGAGAGUAAGUUCACAUUUCCUAACUUUCACAAUUUCUAAAUGAUAUACAACUCAUAUUACAGUAUACUGUACAAUAUAUUGUAUAUAGACAUAUCUGUUUAUGAAAAUAUUUAACAUCAAAUUAUGUUCUGUUUCUGUAGUGGUGAUAUGCUACCCUGGUGUGGAAACUAAAACGUCUGUUACCCAACAGCAUGGAGAAUCAGUCAACCUUGCAUGUAAUUUCACAGUAGCCAAAGAUUACUCUAACCUUCCAUUUUCAGUGUAUUGGAUCAAAACCAUCAGUGGCAACAGUAGCACCUGUCUUUAUUCUUAUUAUUUUAAUAGUGAUGGACAAUUAUAUGACCACCAUUGUCUCAUUGAUGAGGCCCUGCUGAAACGAAGGUCAAAUACUUCAUCUAAACCCCUAACAAGCCCUAACUUUCAUAACCUUAAGAUCAGCAAUGCCACAUAUUCAGACAGCGGACAGUAUGUUUGUGCCUUACAGGUGCUUAAGAAUAGCAAAGGGCACUGGAAGGUAAUAACUAAUGUCACAGUCACUGUGAAUGGAGAAUUCAACAACCACCCCAACAGGAAUGACACAGCCCUGUUAUAUACUCCUGGGGAUCCUUACAUACCACUGUAUGUAGUGGGAGCCUUGUUCUUCUCCUGCCUGUUUGUUACUGUCAUUGUCAUUGUCAUGCUGAAAAAUACCAAGAUUUCGCAAGCAGAAUCUCACACUCUGAGAAUGAAAAGAGAACAAGAUGGAGAGGAGACAAUUAACUCAGACUGCUCCCCAUAUGCUGAGGGCAGAGGAGAGGAUGAGGGGCUCUUCUCACUUCUGAAGCUGACUGAAGUGAGAGAUCCUGCUGCUGUUGCUGUUGAGCCCUAUUCUGUAGUCAUGCUCAAUACUGAGUAUGAGGCCUUUGACCCCCAGGCCACUCAGACAUCAUCCACCUACCCCCUCAGGAUUGGAGCGAAAGUAUGAGUUACUAGCAGCCAAUAGUUACUCAUAUGAUGUAGAAAAGUGAGCUAAAGAUAAUGUUUUCAUGAUUGGUCUUUCAUAUUGGGUUUAGACCAGGAUUUGGGCGGGGCUGCCAGGGGUUUGUUUGGGAUGGCAGGUGGGAGGGGUUGAGUGUUGGUUAAAAAAACAUUUGUGAUUCUUAUUGAUUGUACAGGUUAUGUGACUCAAUAAAAACUUAUCUCACAAAAAUUAAGUUAAAUUAAAGAGAAAAUUAGAAUUUACUUUAUUUUUUAAUUGUAUGUUUUUGUGUUCAUUCAUGCUCUACUAAACAUUUACACUAGAUGGGGGUAGUGCUCAGUCCUACAGUUGUGCUUACUGUUUCUCUGAUAUUGUGUAAUAUGUGUGAUUACCUAAUUAUUUUGUAACGUUGAAUAAACAUUGCAGAAAUAAAAUGUA